AUGAAAAUCGAACUCAAAUUAAGCUACCAGGACGCCUCGCGGUAUACAACGGAAAGCACGACGAGCAUACAGAACAAAUUUGCCGGGCCAUCUGAUUGCUUCAACAGCCAGCCCCGUCGUGGCCUCACUCUCACUCUGGCAUGCCGUUGCCAUUGCAUGCGUAAACGCCCCAAAGCAAGCAACCAAGUCUUGGAGCUUGAUGCACAUCCGGGUUUCCGCAAACGGAAAUGCCGUUUGGGGACAGGAGCCACUGAACAUCCACCUUUGUGUCUGACCAAGCUGAAGAGUGCUUGCCAAUGGCUUCUAAGCGACGUUGAAGGCUGGAUUCGGGGAAUUGGCUACCCGAUGACAGAGCGAGAUGACACUGGGCUUGAGAGAGCUGUUUUCAUGUUGUGGGAGGCCAAGAGAGCGAAGCGAGCCAGUCAAGGGACGUCGUCUAUCUUGACAUUCCCCGCAUUAUUCGCGUCACCCAAUUUACCAAUAUCGACUUCUCUUAUCAAUGACCAUCACGUGCGUUCAAGCCCUCUCUACCUGCUAUUCGCUUCAACCCAGCGUAGCAGUAUAAUGCUUGAACUACACCAAAAUUUGUCAUAUCUGGAAGUGGUACCAAAUGGAAACAAUGGAGUGUGUCCAGGAGAAGAUUAG